AUGAUCGACCUGGCCCUGCAUGUCCCUGGUGUUCCCCUUCGCAAUCCACUAGCCCCCUUUCUCCUCCCCGCUGCCACCACAUUCCAGGAAAGAAAGAAGGGACAGUAUCUCAGAGCAGUCCAAGUGAGAGUAGAAAAAUACUUUUAUUUUCCUUUUCCCCAUCUGGGCGGAGCCCUCCCUGGUGAGUUAGUACUCAGGCUGACUUCCUGCUCUCAGCUGUGGGCCACAACACACAGUCUGCAAGUCUGUGAGGAGACCAAGGAUCAGAGAUCACCCUUCCAAACCCCGAGCAGGAGUUGGGAGACAGAAGGUGGCAGCUUCAGCAACAGGAUGUCCACAGAAGAUAAGAACACAGAGACGAUUCCCUUCAAACCUAUAUUCCUGACCUUCAAAAGACAUAAAGUGAUGAUUUCAAAUGCAAUAAAAAAGCCAUUUCCUUUUCUUGAGGUACUCCGUGACAACAGUCUCAUCACUGAACAAAUGUAUGAAGAUUUUAGAGAUUCCUGUACAAACCUGGUCCCUGUACAAGAAGUGGUCUACAGAGCCUUGGAAGUACUGGAGAAGAGACUUGACCUGCAGGUUCUACGGGUAUUGUUCUGUGUGGAAAAUAUGGAGGCAUACCCUAAUUUGAAACACAUUUUUGAAAGACUUAAACACGUCUUACCACCGAAAGAAUUGUGGUCCAGAGACAUUGAUAGAAGGGACCCAAACUCACAGCUCAGUCUUAAACAAGGACCUGGUGACAGCUGCUCUCAAGAAAGCCUGACCUGGUCACCCUCCUCCUCAUCUGGUGCCUGGAGAAGUAAUGAUGGAGAAAUUACCACCCUCACCCAGGGAAACCAAACUGAGAAUCAUCAAUUCUCCAUCCCCCAGAUUCACAAUGCUGUGAGUUUAUCUGAAAAUGAACUAUCAAAAGACCUCAAAGAAACAGUAAAGAUUAACCACUUGAGAGGAGAUACUACUGGCAACGACAUUGAUGAACUGCAAAGGCCCCAAGCAGCCAUACCACCAGGCCCAGGUUCUGAGCCUGAGGAGUCCUGUGAACUAGAAGUCCAACUGAGUGACAGAGAUGCAGGCCUGGAGCCUCACAUCCCAUUGCCCAGCAGCAACAAAAGAGCAGAGCUACCCAGCCAUGGAAUCAAAAUUCGUCCUUGUUCUGUGAAUCUGGUAAACAUAAAGCAAGAAAAUUCUUCAGUUUUCCUGAGUGGUGAACAUCAGACCCACACAAGGACCGACCACAAUCAGGCCUCUGAGGUAAUAGACCUUACCAGAGAUAAUUCUGAGGAUGAAAAUAGCUGCUCAGAGGAAUCCCCCUCAGUCACCUGCCAGCCUAAGCCUAUAAAUUCCAGAAAUCCUCCUACAUCCAUAAAUAUACAAAGGAAAAGAGAUAUGUCUGAUACUAAGAGCUCAAGCACCAGGAAAAGACAAAGAAGGACAAAUACCACAUAUGCUGAGAACAACUCUACCUCAGGAAAGCAUGGUCGAAAAAUAAGGAAAAAGAGAGACAAAAUUGGAAAAUACGUAAUUCGGAACAUCAAAAUGCCAAUUCCCACAAGCUGGAAAAAAGGUAACAAGUAUGUACCAGACCCACCAAGGAAAAAGGGAAAGCAGUGUAUGGUGUGCAGACGAGGACGGAACUUGUACCCUUGUGAUAGUUGUGGGAAAUUCUAUCAUGAAAAAUGCCACAUCCCACCUGUGGAAGACAAGAGUGGCCCAUGGAGUUGUGUCUUCUGCAAGGUAAAGGAUCAGGCAAAGUGCCAAGAAAAUCAAGCAUUUCAUAAAGAAUCUGAGGUCUUGAAGAGGAAGAUGUUGCCUGAGGAGCAGCUGAAAUGUGAGCUGCUUCUCUUGACUAUUUAUUGUGCACCAAUAUGUUGCUUUUUUAUCCGCAAACCAAAGCAAAGUAAAGAAGACUUUCCAGACCUCAAGGAACACAUGUGGUUAGACAAAAUCAAGAACAGGCUGAACAAGAAGGUAUACCGUUCGGUACAACAUUUUGUGGAGGACAUGCGCCUCAUCUUUCAGAACCACAACAUAUUUUACAAAAAUCACGGGUUCAGCAAUCUUGGAGACACAAUAAGAAAACUAUUUGAGAAGCAUUUCAAAAGAAUUUUUUCAAUCAACGAAACAAGCAAACAACUUCAACCAUGCAAACAAACUGUUUUGUUUACAUAGUUUUUUCCUAUUCUCUCCACUACCCAUUAUUCACAUUCGGGCAUUAUGCUGGCAUAUCCUCUGUCACCUGGCAGGUUGUGCUUGCCAGAUCAGGCAGGCAGUCCUCUGAACUGCUCACGGUCCGGACAAUGUCAUCAGCUACACAUCAGAUUUGUUGCUACAGUUACACCCCCUUUAAAAGGAGGGGCUCUGUCGCCUGCCUUCCGUCUCUGCCUCUCUUUGUAUCUCUCUAUGUCUGUCUGUCUGUGUCUGACUCUGCUUCUCUGUAACUUUGUCUCUGUCUCUCUGUCUCUCUGCCUAUCUGUGUCUGUCUCUUUGCAUCUCUGUAUUUCUUUCUCUUUCCAUGAGGCUGCUCCGCACUCCCUUUCUCUCCCUUCCCUCUCCCUCAAAAAAAACUCUCCACACAAGCACUGUUUGCAAGGUGUGUGCUUCUCUUUCUUACCUGCUGUGAGUCCUCUUGGUUCCAACCAGUCAAGGUCUCUCUUGCACCAUUUUCCAACAUUGGUUCUGAGACUCGGCAGGCACCUCCCAGCACCCUGAGGCAUGAUGGGACCCUGGACCAAGUUCAUCUACAACAGCCUUGCUGCUCCAGUUAAUGGAUCGUUGGACCCCUCCAUCUAACACUGACAUGAUUGGUGACCCCCUCUUCUCUUACCAUGUACCCACGAAUCAGGAUCAUUCUCUCAACUGUGGUUUCUCACAUUUUGGCUCCAUCCCAGAACUGGGUAACCAUGUGUCUCUCAGGCUCAGAGUGCCCCCCAACUCCCACCCCCACUAUGAACUUAUGUAUGCUGAUAAAAUAUAUGUUAGAUUUGUUACAACAUACUGUACAUUUGGUCUAAAAUAUAGUCUAUAUGGUGAUAAAGGUUUGAGGUUAUGAACAACAGAGUAACAAAACCUAACAUGAAGAUUUACACGUAAGUUAUUAUAUCUCUGCCAAAUAUUCAACACCAAACUUCUAGAGAAUUUAAAUAAGUGGCAACAUUAGAUUGAUAAAAAGGUAUUUGACAAAUAAAAUAUAUAUUCUAUACUGAAACGACUGAUCCCUAAGAGGGUCCUUUUCCCAGAGUUGGGUACUUGGGCAGAGGCCCCCAGGCCUGUCAAGGGCGGUACUGGCCUCUGUGCUCCCUGAGUCCCUGUUCAUGGGCUACACCCCAACUCACAAGACCUCUUUUCUCCUGUUUCCUUUUGGCCCUUAAUACUUUUCCUUGCCUUCUCAGGAGAUAGUCUUAGUUUGGAACAAACUUGCUUUUACUGACAGAGUGGCUAUUUUGGUAUCUUUUCUGAGUCCAUUAACUGUGAUUAAAAAGUUGAAGCUCUCUUAGUGUCAAAAUAAUGAUACUAAAAGAGCUUCAAUUCAAAACAAUUAUUUUUAAGGUUAACCUGACAGGAAUGUGAUGUGUAGUCCUAUAUUAUGGGGGUGCAGACCUAUUAUAGUCUGUAAGCAAUACAAAUUCAUGGUCGUCUUAUAAAAGAGCAAGCUGUUUAAUUGCAGUCAUUCUAAGUACUGAUGAAAUUAGUUACAGAGAUAAAACCUACCUACUCCCCUAUAUGUUUUCAGAGUUAAACUUAAAACAAUUUAAUUAUAAACAAAGUUCAUCUAUUGAGAUAUACCUAAUAGACAGUCUUCAAAUGCUCAGAGGUCUGAGAACAUAGCAUUUAAAGUGUUUAAUUAAAAAGCUUUUUAUAAUAGAGAGACCUGUUAGCUCCUGGCAGGACCCCUAUUUCAGCCAAAGAAGAUAGAUGGAAAGAGAAGAGCCUUCACGCAGAACUUGCUUCAGAAGUGGCAGCACUAA